AUGUCAUCGCAGAAGGAUUUAGAAAAUUACGAAAACCAGAACGAGACCAUAGUCCGUGAAUUCUGGAUUCUGGGAUUUGAAAACAUUCACAGCACUAAAAUCAUCCUCUUUCUUUUGUUUGUCAUAAAUUACAUUCUAACACUAUUGGCUAAUUUUACGAUCAUAUUGCUGGUUGUCAUAUCUCCCCACAUCAACGCUCCCAUGUACUUCUUCCUCAGCCACCUGUCUGUCAAUGACAUCCUUCUCUCCACCGCCAUUGAACCUGAAAUGCUCCUCAUUAUCCUAAAAGAAGGUAAUCGUAUCUCCAAAGCUGGCUGCUUCACUCAGUUUUAUUUUUUUUCAGUAUCUGUUGUUAAUGAGUGUUUGCUCCUCACCGUGAUGUCCUACGACCGAUAUUUGGCCAUCUGUAACCCAUUGCGUUAUUCCACCAUCAUGGACCUUCAUCUUUGUAUUCUCCUUGCAUCUUCAUGUUGGGUAUGUGGAAUACUUUUUGUUUUGCCACAUAUUGUUCUUCUGCACAAGAUGACAUUUUGUGCGUCAAACACAAUCGACCAUUUUUAUUGUGACCUACUUCCUCUUCUUACACUUUCUUGUUCAGACACAUCAGCGAGUGAAAUUGUAAGUGAAAUUAACUCCAUCCCAUUAUUAUUUCUACCAUUAUUUCUUAUUUCUAUAACUUAUAUAAACAUCAUUGCCGCCAUCCUCCGGAUCUCCACCUCAGCUGGGAGACAAAAAGCCUUCUCCACCUGCAGCUCCCACCUUACUUCAGUCUGUAUGUAUUAUGGCACCUUAACCUUUAACUAUGUGAUUCCAUCUAAAGGACAAUACUCAGGGCUACAAAAAAUGGUUUCUGUGUGCUACACGAUUGUGACCCCGCUGUUGAAUCCCAUCAUAUACAGUCUACGGAAUGAAGACAUUAAAACAACAAUAACAAAGUACAUCUUUCAAAACAAUCAUGUAAAUAACAAAUGA